AUGGACAGCGUAGGGAGCGGGCCCUUCGUCACCUUGCAGGUCGACGGUAGGAUCGAGAAGAUGGCUACAGACGCAAUAAAUACUUUAGAGGCUGUUCCGACAACCGGUGACGAUGAACCCGUGAAACCGUCCUUGACUGCAGAGGAAACUAUUAUGGAUUCUCAUCAGAACAACGACUCCUCUACACCUGAACCAGUAAAAGAGUUGCCUCUCCGUCGAAGUAACCGUGGAAAAGGUCGUUCGGAUAGGGUUAACCAUGGGGACGAACGUGUUCAGUCCUGUGUCUUUGCCACUGUGGAAUAUAAACCCUCAGAUUACGUCUACUUUGAGGAGGCCGACUCGGACUGCUACGCUAUCGGAAUAAUUGACGAGAUCAAGCUUUCACGACGGGAGAAGUGCACCCUGGUUGUGAAGUACUUUUGGCGGACUUUUGAUGUGCCUGAGGUUUCCAAACAAGCGUUGUUGGAUCGUGAGAGUGCAGACAAAGGUGAUUCUCGAAUUCUUGCUCGGGAACUUUUUAUUACCGACCUGCAGACUUCCAUUGAUUCCACUCUCCUUCGUGGCAAGUGCUCUGUUGCCCAGUUCCCCGAACUAAUCAACGCCUUGGAAUCCUUUGAUCCCAAUGUGGAGGACUCUUUUUAUUAUGUUUAUGCCUUUAACCCUGAGUCGAAACGUCUGCUCUCCAUUCGGGCUGAAAUAAAGAUUGGACCAGCCUACCAGGCUACCUGGCUGCCACCUUAUAGAGGCACACACCCAAUCACACAUCGGUGUGACAAACACAACUCUGUGUUGAACCGUUUGCGGGAAACACAGAACACUGCGGCAGAGGUACUGCUACGAAAAUCCCUCAAACGCCAGCACUGUUGCCUCGAGGCUUCGCGUACUUCCACCUCACACUGCGAGCAUGUCUGCUUGUUGCGGGUUGAAGAAAGCCCCCCAAAACAAUGGGAGGAAUUAAUUUGGCACCCUGAAGGUCUCGAAACCUCCCUGCCCUUCAGAGAGGAGGCGGAGGAAGCUGAAGGGGAUGCCGAGAGUGAGGGCAUUCGAGGCGACUUCACCGAUCGCCGGCUGAAGACCUACCUCGACGCCGUACGCUCUCUCGUUGCUAUCUUCGCCUUCGGCGGCGCUGACGACGAUCUAAUUUCUGCGGAGAACGGGCACGUGGUUGCCAAUCUGGUUGCCACCACGCAGCACGCCUACGACACUCUUCACGCCUGUGGAUACGAUGUCGCCAGGGCACUGGAGGCUAUUCGCGACAACCCGGUCGUCUCCCUCGACACACCUCAGCACUGGACGGCGGAGCAGGUUCGUCGGUUCUACGCAGCCAUCAAAGUCCACGGGAAGAACUUCCAUGCUAUCCAUAAGGAUUAUUUCUCUCCCAUUACUGCGGUGGAUCCCAUAACCGGCAUUGGUGGUGGUGCGGUUGUCGAGGCACUGACAUCUCGUAACGCCCGUGGUCGCAAACGCCGGGGUAACGCGCAAGCGGAUGCUAAGAUCGCCACAACCGCGGUUGCCGAACUUGACACGAUAAAAAAGGAUGAGGAAGACGAUAAACCGGAAUGCGAUACAAAGGAGACGAUGAAGAAUGCAGAGACCAACGAUGGAGAGAUUGAAGAUGAAGAGACAGAGGAUGUCAAAGAUGGAGAGGGUGAAAUUUGCAGAUCCACUCGAACGCUAUUCCAGCCGACCCGAGAGAAGACGGUUAAACAACUGGUGACCUUCUACUACUACUGGAAGCGGAAAAGCACUUCCAAUAUCACAUCUGCGGCUGCUCACGCUGCUGCUGUUGCUGCUGCAGCUGCUGCAGCCGCUGUAAAUACUGGCACCCCCUUCCGAGGCUCCACUGUGGAGGCCAACUUUAAUCGGGGUUUUGCAGCCACCAAGAAGCGCAAGACAGGCAUCAUAGAAUGCUCGGACUCAACCGUUAUGAAUAGCAAUAAUCCUCCCGAGUCGGAGAAUGACGAAACUGGAGUCGAUACACCGCGGACGGAUCUUGCUGCCUCGCCAGCCGAUAUGGCUGCAGUCGUCACGGACGUGAUUGACGAAGGUGAAGAGCCUUCCAAGACAUCGGAAGACUCGACAGAAGUUGUGCGGCUGUGCCGGAAUUGCUGUGCUGAACCCAUCGAGUCUCCAUCUCCACUAUCAACAAUGACUCAGAAGCACCACCAAGCGGGUGUGGAGAGGCCCUUAGUUACUCACGUCUGUGCCAAAUGCCGGAUGCACUGGCGAAAGUAUGGGGAAGUGCCUAAAUUUCCACCUGACAAGUCGACGAUACCGCCUGUGGAACAGGUGGAGGGGCAGGAGGAGGAGGAGGAGUUGGAGGUAAAGGCCGACAAAACAAGUGGCGAGAAAGCAACGCGCAUUGAAGCCGCGGCAUCAACUGCCCAGCAGCUGCAAGACGGAGUCACCUCCGUUGAAAAUCACAGGAAGAAAAGCAUGCUAGCAAAUGCAACUAAAAUGGCAAGAAUGAGUGGUGUAGAGGAGGCAACAUCGGAAAUGCCCCCCGAUUCGGUCUGUUCUUUCUGCGAUGCCUAUUCACCCACCUACGCCUCCUGCUGGCCCUCACCACUACUCAAGCUGGAUGGAGCCAGCUCUGACAGCAAGCUCUACUUCACCACUGCGCCACCCAGUACCGAUCCAAUUACCAUAAGGAGUGUCUCUCCACCGUCAGGUGACCAGCGCCCAAUCGCUGUCACACCUGAGCCAGUUUCCGUCGGGGACGCGUCGACUCUGAUCGAAGCUCGGGCAGGGGUCGCUUCCACUCCCUGUUCCAGCGGCAUUCACAUGUCAAAGUACUCAUCGCUGCGGAAUAUUUGGGAUCGGUCAAUCGGUCUUCCCUCCUCGCUCUCGUCUGUCUCCUCCGCAUCGUCAGAAGUGCAAAAUCUUAGCAGCUGCGCUCGCACCGAUGCCGAAUUUAUGGCCGCUACCACUGCUUCGGAGGCACAACCUUCGCAGCUUGCAUCAUUUCAACUGCCUCAACCAAAUCCCUCUGCAUCACUUCCACCACUGAAACGAUUUACUAACUACAUGGCCUCUGCUGCUGCAGCCGCAGCGGAUUUUGGCGCCUCUGGCUUUAACUUUCCUUUUGAUAAGGAGCAAAUGCAGAUUUUGAUGCAACAGUACUUUUCUAAAACCUCGGAGGCCUCACAACAGUUGCACCAACAACAACAGCAGCAGCAGCAGCAGCCGAUGGAACUAACGGCGAAGGCUCGGGCACCGCCGCCACCGCCGCCAGCGGUACCACCCGCCUCGCCGCAUCUGGCAAUGAAUGAGCCAAGCCUGUUGACCUCCUCAAAAUGCUUUGUACCAUCAGUAGACCAGCCACUAAAUCUCAAGGGUCCAAUCAGGGCUACCACGCACGCACGGGGCACCUUCUAUCCGCCCACUGGGGUGCCCCCUAGCGGUCCGACUGCCUCUAUGCCGCGACAGCAACAACAAGCAACGGCGAUGCUGUCGAUGCGCAGUAGUAAUGUCAGCGGUGGAGCAGGGAGGUACUCUUCUACCUCUGGAGGGGGUUUGAGGCCGCCGCCACCACCACCACCACCACCACCCUCGCCCUUCGGUGGUGGUUUGGGCGGACGGCCUUCUUCAUCUACCGCCUCUGCUCGCUUUCAGUGCGCUUCUGGUUCCUCUCUUGCUGUUGCACACUCAAUGGAGGCAAUUCCAACCGAGCCGGCCCUUAUCAACGCCUUCGUGAAAGACCAAUUCAUUGCCUCGUCCAUGGCGCGUUCUGGAAACUUCCAACAACUCCAACAUCACCAACAGUCGCAGCAGCAGAGGUCUUCCAUUCCGGCUACGAGAGCUGGUGGUAUACCAGUCGAAAGUGUGGAGAAGAUGAAUCAAAUGCUUGCCAGUUUUGCUGCUGGUGGUGGACAGAAAGGCUCUACUCUGCCGCCGUCGCAGAAGCAGCAGCAGCAGCAGCACUCGAGAGACGCCGUGAUGGAUGUCGCUACUGCUGCAGCACUCCGUUCUCACACAUCAAUCGGUGAAGCGAGGAACGCUGACGUCAUGCAUCGCUAUCAGAUGGCGUACCAGCAACAACAACAACAACAGCAGCAGCAGCAGUGGGAGCAGCAAAUGCAGCAGUUGCAACGUUUCCUGCAGACAGUUACUCCACAGCAACAACAGCAGGUGAUGAUGAUGUUGUUUUCUCAAAUCCACCACCAGCAGCAACAACAACAACAACAGCAACAAUCACACCAACAUCCACCGACACCGCCAAAUCGACUUGCGCAACCACCGCCGACUUUUCACCAUCAUCACCAGCAGCACUCGUCAAUGCCAUCGUCCUUCGCACCGCCACCACCGGCACCGGCACCAGCACCAGCACCACAAUCACAAUAUCGGAUGCAGAACAGCGGAGGCUAUAGCCAACAGUCGCAACAGAAGACGAGAAUACCGCCCACGCCUUCUUUGGCGUCCUCUUCGUCGACAUCGUCUUUGGCGACAGCGGCGACAGCGGUGACAGCACCUACCUCCGUUUCCUCCUCUGUAUUAUCCAAUUCCAAUUCUGGAUUUCACCGCAACCCAUCGGUCUUCCUGUCUCAACAACAACAACAACAGCAACAGGAAUUACAACCGUCGCCUCAAAUGCAGCCCUCGCCAUGGUCCAUGGACUACUACUCGAAUUUAGCGAAUUUUUCACCGAAAUUGGCACAAAUGUCACAACUGUCACAAUUCCUUAAGUUGUACGACGCUCCCAAUCCGGCCAUUGUGGCUGCCGCCAUUGCCGCUGCGGCAAAUGCAGUCGACUCAACACCCCUCCGUCAUCAACAGCACCAGCAUCUUCAACAGCAGGAACAACAACAACAACACCAACACCAACACCAUCUUCGUGCUGGUGCCAAUAGCAGUAGUUCUACUCAGCCCCUGCCACCACCUCCACCACCACCGGCACCACCACCACCACUGCAACCAUCUGUCUCCGCUUCUGCGUCUUCAAGAGCUGUGAUGGCCCUCCAGGAGUCGGAAGCCCUUAGCGAACUGCUUCGCUUAAUGGCGCAGCAUCAUUCACCACAAUCCAACUCCGGUCACCACCACCGCCACCAUCAUCAGCAUCAGCAGCAGUAG